CCCAGUUCCUCUCCUUAACCACCGGUCAAAAGUCUCUGGAGUCUCUCCAAUGAGCAAGAAAGCAAGUCGGGGGUAGGGGAGGGGCCUCACACCUGGUGGUGGGUGCAGUCCCUCCUCCAGCUUCUUCAUCCUGCAAUAGUCCCGCGGGUCCCCCGGCGCCAACGCGGGAACCAGGAAAAGGAAACCGCGUUGUGUACGUAAGAUCCAGGAAACGAAACCAGUGGCCGCGGCUGUUGGCGCAAGGGUUACUCGCAGACCUUGUUCCGGCUGAUUCCGAGAAGGUUGCGCAGCAGCUGUGCCUUGCAGUCUAGAGGCGCAGGAGAGGAAGCCACCGCCUGACCCCGGCUCUCUAGACCUCGGCUCUCUCGGGAGCGGAAACAGCGGCAGCCACAGAACUGUUUUAAUCAUGGACAAACAAAACACACAGAUGAAUGCUUCUCACCCGGAAACAAACUUGCCAGCUGGGUAUCCUCCUCAGUAUCCACCGACAGCAUUCCAAGGACCUCCAGGAUAUAAUGGCUACCCUGGGCCCCAGGUUGGCUACCCACCCCCACCAGCUGGCCAUUCAGGUCCUGGCCCAGCUGGCUUUCCUGUCCCAAAUCAGCCAGUAUAUAAUCAGCCAGGUGGAGCUGCAGGGAUACCAUGGAUGCCAGCACCACCGCCUCCAUUAAACUGUCCACCUGGAUUAGAAUAUUUAAGUCAGAUAGAUCAGAUACUGAUUCAUCAGCAGAUUGAACUUCUGGAAGUUUUAACAGGUUUUGAAACUAAUAACAAAUAUGAAAUUAAGAACAGCUUUGGACAGAGGGUUUACUUUGCAGCAGAAGAUACUGAUUGCUGUACCCGAAAUUGCUGUGGGCCAUCUAGACCUUUUACCCUGAGGAUUAUUGAUAAUAUGGGUCGAGAAGUCAUAACUCUGGAGAGACCACUAAGAUGUAACAGCUGCUGUUGUCCCUGCUGCCUUCAGGAGAUAGAAAUCCAAGCUCCUCCUGGUGUACCAGUAGGUUAUGUUAUUCAGACCUGGCACCCAUGUCUACCAAAGUUUACAAUUCAAAAUGAGAGAAGAGAGGAUGUACUAAAAAUAAGUGGUCCAUGUGUUGUGUGCAGCUGUUGUGGAGAUGUUGAUUUUGAGAAUGAUGAUAUCAAGAUUAAAUCUCUUGAUGAACAGUGUGUGGUUGGCAAAAUUUCCAAGCACUGGACUGGAAUUUUGAAAGAGGCAUUUACAGACGCUGAUAACUUUGGAAUCCAGUUCCCUUUAGACCUUGAUGUUAAAAUGAAAGCUGUAAUGAUGGGUGCCUGUUUCCUCAUUGAUUUCAUGUUUUUUGAAAGCACUGGCAGCCAGGAACAAAAAUCAGGAGUGUGGUAGUGGAUUAGUGAAAGUCUCCUCAGGAAAUCUGAAGUCCGUAAAUUGAUUGAGACUAUCUAAACUCAUACCUGUGUGAAUUAAGCUGUAAUGCCUGUAGCUCUGGUUGUAUACUUUUGCUUUUCAAAUUAUAGUUUAUCUUCUGUAUAACUGAUUUAUAAAGGUUUUUGUACAUUUUUUAAUACUCAUUGUGAAUUUGAGAAAAAGGACAUCUGAGUUUUUGCAUUUAUUAAUGAAACUUCCUAUAAAAAACUGCUUUGAAUUAUGAUCUCUGAUCCACUGUCCAUUUUACUACCGAAUAUUAACUAAGGCCUUAUUAAUUUUUAUAUAAAUUAUAUUUUAAAUCUAGUUACAAUUUAUUUCAUGCAUAAUAGCUAAUGUUAUUUUGCAAAUGCCAUAUAUUCAAAAAAGUUCAAAGAUAAUUUUCUUUACUGUUAUGUUCAAAUAAUGUUCAAUAUGUAUAUUAUCUUUAAAAAGUUAAAUGUAUUUUUUAAUAUUCAAGAAAUCAUGCUACACUUAACUUCUCCUAGAAGCUAAGCUGUACCAUAAAUGACACACUCAUGUUCACAAGAUAUUAAAUUACGAAUUUUUAAAUUAUUGUUAAAUAAAGAACAAAAUAAAGAACAAAAUGAUUCUUGUCCAAAGAAAGGCACAUUUUAAACACUCCUUCACUCUAAAACUCGUACUAUUAUAAAUUUUGAAAGUUAAUAUUUAUAUAUGAAAUGUAUAGCUUUUAUACUCUAUCCUUUCUAGAAAAUGGUAAUUGAGAUUACUCAGAUGUUAAUUAAAUAUAAUAUUAUAUGUAUAUAUUCACAGAGAAUAAACCUAAAUAAUGAUCUAUUAGAUUCAAAUAUUUGAAAUAAAAACUUGAUUUUUUU